AACUUCUGAAAUUGAAGUAAAAUGAAGGUACUUGCUGUCACUCUGUUCGCCCUGCUGGUGGCCAGCACCCAAGCUGGCAAACUGACCGACAACCUAGCUAAGGUUAUUCCUAGCUUCCCCACUGGCUACGUGAUCAACGGCACAGAAGCUGAUCCUCAUGCCGCACCCUACAUCGUCUCGCUGGCCACCAACUUCGACAAGCACUCGCACAUCUGCGGCGGCACCCUCGUCGCCAAGGAGUGGAUCAUCACGGCUGCCCACUGCAUCUCCAACCCCGUUGGAAUGAGCGUCAUUGCUGGUCUCCACAAGCGCGCUGAAGUUGAUGAGCGCACUCAGCAGCGUCAGGUUGAUUUCGGUCGUGUCCAUGAGCAGUACUCCGGUGGUGUUGGACCCUUCGAUAUUGCCAUCUUACACGUGAGCGAGCCUUUUGAUUUCAACGAAUGGGUGCAGCCCGCUUCUCUGCCCAGCGAUGGUGAAAUCAACGAAGGAGCGACCCAUCUGUAUGGUUGGGGACAACCCAAGUCUUACGUCUUCACUGCCGCCAAGGUUCUGCAGACUGUGGAAACCCAGAUUGUUCCUCAUGAGCAGUGCAAGGAGAUUCUUCCCGAUACCGCUCCCCUGGCCGAGACCAAUGUCUGCUCAGACUCCCUGCAGCAGAGCAUCUCCGCUUGCAACGGUGACUCUGGCGGCCCAUUGGUCAUUGAACGUCCUGCAACUCCAGCUCAGUUGAUUGGCGUUGUUUCCUGGGGCUACAUUCCCUGCGGUUUGGCCAACUACCCAUCUGUCUACACCCGCGUCUCUGCCUACAUUGGCUGGAUUGCCAAGAUCCAGAGUGCUUACUACACUCUCUAUAAAAUGAAGGUACUUGCUGUCACUCUGUUCGCCCUGCUGGUGGCCAGCACCCAGGCUGGCAAACUGACCGACGCCCUAGUCAAGGUUAUUCCCAGCUUUGCCACCGGUUUCGUGAUCAACGGCACCGAUGCCGAUCCUCAUUCUGCGCCCUACAUCGUCUCCCUGGCUGCCAAGCCCGAGAGUCACUCACACAGCUGCGGCGGCACCAUCAUCUCCAAGGAAUGGAUCCUGACUGCUGCCCACUGCAUCUCCAACCCCGUUGGAAUGAGCGUCAUCGCUGGUCUCCACAAGCGCGCUGAGGUUGAUGAGCGCACUCAGCAGCGUGUGAUUGACUUUGGACGUGUCCACGAGCAGUUCGGCGGUGGUGUUGGACCCUACGAUAUUGCCAUCUUGCACGUGAGCGAGCCUUUUGAGUUCAACGAUUGGGUUAAGCCCGCUGUUCUGCCCAGCCGCAAUGAGAUCCACGAGGGAGAGACCCAUCUGUAUGGCUGGGGACAGCCCAAGGCCUUCCAGUUCUCCGCUGCCUCGACUCUGCAGACCAUGACCACCGACAUCGUCAACUACGAUGCCUGCUUGGAGAAGAUGCCAGAGAACUCGAAGCUGGCUGAGAGCAACAUCUGCUCGGACUCGCUGCAGCAGAGCAAAUCCGCUUGCAACGGCGACUCUGGUGGUCCUCUGGUUGUGGAGCACAAGAAUGCCGACACUGAACUCAUUGGCAUUGUGUCCUGGGGCUUCAUUCCCUGCGGUCUGGCCAACUACCCAUCUGUGUACACCCGUGUCUCUGCCUACAUUGACUGGGUUGCCAAGGUCCAGAGUGCCUACUACAUUCUCUAUAGCAGCGGUAGCAGCAACACAGCAAUCGGUAUGAAACAAUUUGUGGCACUUCUUGUGCUGGCCGUGGCCUCGGCUAGCGCCAACACCAUCGCCUGGCCAGGCUUCCCCGAGGGACGUAUCAUCAACGGCCAGGAGGCUACCUCCGGCGAGGCUCCCUUCAUUGUCUCCCUGCAGUCGACCUCUGGCUCGCAUUAUUGCGCUGGCUCUCUGAUCCAGCCCGAUCUCGUGCUGACUGCUGCCCAUUGCAUGACCUACACCAACUUCCAGGUGGUUGCCGGUGCUCACAGCCGCACGGACAAGACCACCACCCAGAUCCGUCAGGCCAGCAGCUCGCGUCAGGUGAUUCACGAGAAAUACGGCGGCGGUGUCGGACCCUACGACAUUGGUCUGGUCUUCCUCUCGGAGCCCUUCGAUCUGACCGUCCGCAAUCGCGAUGGCAGCUCCCCCGUAUCGACCAUUCAACUGCCCGGCAAGACCUUCUCGGCCAACUCCGAUGGUGUGCUCUUCGGCUGGGGACGCGACAACUCUGGCUCCUUGCCCGACAAACUGCAGAAACUGGAUGUGAACAUCAUUGGCUACUCUGACUGCGCCAAGGCUCUGCCCAGCGGCAACAAGCUGGCCGAUACCAAUGUCUGCACCUUCACCAGCGGCCUCACCGACGGCGCUUGCAACGGUGACAGCGGCGGUCCCCUGGUCAACAGGCAAUCCAAUGGCGAGUACCAACAGAUCGGUGUUGUCUCCUGGGGCUACACUCCCUGUGCCAGCACCAAGUACCCCUCGGUCUACACUUCCGUUGGCUCUUAUGCCGAUUGGAUCGAGGAGCACCAGAACGACUUCUAAGCUCUCUCUCGAGAUAUGAAUAAUAAAUAUUUGUGAUUUGCGAUUACUA